AGCAGCAAGUGAAUUGCAGCCAGUCCUGGAGCAGGGACUUUACAAAGCCAGCCCACGGGCAGAUGUGAGCCAUUGAAUUGCAGGUCGGAGCAGGAGCAGCAGCUUGGAGCAGCAAGCACGUUGAUUAAUUGCAGCAAGUGAACUUCAGGACUUCCUUACGAGGCCAGAAUCGUUGGAAGAAGAUGAGUGUCGCUGUGGUUGACUUUGGCUCAUUUGCCUUGGGUGAAGCUGUACCUUCAGCCCAUGAAAUGAAACGAUUAUCCACGGAGAUCGGACGGGCAUUCAGUGAACUUGGAUUUGUGUACCUCAAAAACACCGGCAUCAAAGAUGAGCAAGUGUUUAGAGCGAUGGACAUCUGCAGGAAGUUCUUUCUACUUCCCAAGGACAUUAAACAGCAAUAUGCUCGUUCCGUGGUCUCAGAUGUUCCAUACCAUGGCUGGUUUGAUCUUCAGACUGAGAGUUUAGAUCCAACACAGGCUUGUGAUCUGAAAGAAGUCUUUAAUUACUCAACAUUUUCUUCAAGUGACGUACGCCCUGUGAAAGAGCUACCUGAGUUUACAAGCUGUAUUGAGUCAUUCUUCAGAACAUUUCAGGAGUUAUCCAUGCAUGUUAUGAAGGUCAUUGAACUGAGUCUGGGGAUUGAGACUGAUUUCUUUGUCAGCAAGCACCAAAGGAUGGGCAGUCUUUUAAAUCCGUCAGCCCUCAGAGCUGCGUUCUACCCACCAGUAGAAAAAUCCUCUUUGAUGGAAAACCAAACUCGAUGUGGGGAACAUUCUGACUACGGGACGUUCACUUUACUCUUUCAGGACAAGAAUGGAGGACUGGAGGUAAUGUCCAGGUCUGGUCAAUACAUCGACGCUCCCUACAUUCCAAAUGCGGUUCUUCUCAACGGAGGCAAUCUUCUGCAGAGGUGGACAUCUGACAGAUGGAUUGCCGCAAAACACCGAGUGCGAAUCCCACAGACGGAAGAUGCUUUGAACAGGAGCCGACAGUCACUGAGCUUCUUUGCCCACCCUGAUCAUGACGCCACUAUUGCCUGUUGUGAUGGUUUAGACAAAUACCCCCCUACCACCUCCAUCCAGUACCUCAUGGAUAAACACCAGGAUAUAUUUUAUAAGGAAUCCUAUCCUUCCACGGCCUGAUCAGGGCAGCAACAAGUGGAUGCCCAGAAGGUUUUCCAAAUUGCAGUAAAGUUAAAUAAAACAAUGACAUAGCA